CUCUCGUGGAACACGAUGCGACGCAGGAAUGUGAAAGGCUCCCGCCCGCCGCCAUUUUCUUUCUUUCUUGGCAGGCAGAGAGCGCGGUAGGAAGCGGCGAAGCGGACAUGGCGGAUUACUCUACGGUACCCCCUCCUUCUUCGGGCGCGCCCGGGGGAGGCGGAGGAGGUGGCGGGGCAGUCAAUGAUGCUUUUAAAGACGCGCUGCAACGGGCUAGGCAGAUUGCAGCAAAAAUUGGAAAUGAAUCGGGAACAUCUGUGAAUUCAAAUGAUUACAGUUAUGGAGGACAAAAAAGACCUCUUGAAGAUGGAGAUGGCUCUUGGACAAGUCCGAGCAGUACAACACACUGGGAGGGAAUGCCCUCUCCUUUUAAAGAUCAACCAGAGCCUAAGAAAGUUGCUCCUCCAAAUAAUGACUCCUUUGGAAAUCAGAUGCCACCCAUGCAUCAGCAACAGAGGUCUGUAAUGACAGAAGAAUACAAAGUUCCUGAUGGAAUGGUUGGAUUCAUAAUUGGCAGAGGAGGAGAACAGAUUUCUCGCAUACAACAAGAAUCUGGAUGCAAAAUACAGAUUGCACCUGAUAGUGGUGGCAUGCCUGAAAGAUCUUGCAUGUUAACUGGAACCCCAGAGUCAGUACAGUCUGCAAAGAGAUUACUUGAUCAGAUAGUUGAAAAAGGAAGGCCUACGCCAGGAUUCCAUCAUGGGGAUGGUCCAGGAAAUGCAGUCCAGGAAAUUAUGAUUCCAGCUAGCAAAGCAGGAUUAGUUAUUGGAAAAGGUGGAGAGACAAUAAAGCAACUUCAGGAGAGAGCUGGUGUAAAAAUGGUAAUGAUUCAAGAUGGACCACAGAACACUGGAGCAGACAAACCUCUUAGAAUCACAGGAGAUCCUUACAAAGUUCAACAAGCCAAGGAAAUGGUUUUGGACCUAAUUCGUGAUCAGGGUGGUUUUAGAGAGGUGCGCAAUGAAUAUGGCUCAAGAAUAGGAGGAAAUGAAGGAUUAGAUGUACCAAUUCCAAGAUUUGCAGUUGGUAUUGUAAUUGGAAGAAAUGGUGAAAUGAUUAAAAAGAUACAGAAUGAUGCUGGUGUGAGGAUACAGUUCAAACCAGAUGAUGGAACAACUCCAGACAGAAUAGCCCAAAUCACAGGACCUCCAGACAGAUGCCAACAUGCAGCAGAAAUUAUUACGGAUCUUCUUCGAAGUGUUCAGGCUGGCAAUCCUGGUGGUCCAGGACCUGGUGGUCGUGGACGAGGUAGAGGUCAGGGCAAUUGGAAUAUGGGACCACCUGGUGGAUUGCAAGAAUUUAAUUUCAUUGUCCCGACUGGAAAAACUGGAUUAAUUAUUGGGAAAGGUGGUGAAACUAUCAAGAGCAUUAGCCAGCAAUCUGGUGCGAGAAUAGAACUGCAGAGAAACCCACCACCAAAUGCAGAUCCAAAUAUGAAAUUGUUUACCAUCCGGGGGACACCACAGCAGAUUGACUAUGCUCGGCAGCUCAUAGAAGAAAAGAUUGGAGGUCCAGUAAAUCCUUUGGGGCCACCUGUGCCACAUGGACCUCAUGGUGUUGUCCCUGGGCCACAUGGGCCACCCGGGCCGCCUCCUGGAGCUCCAAUGGGACCUUACAAUCCAGCUCCCUAUACACCUGGCCCUCCUGGUCCUGCACCUCAUGGCCCUCCAGCACCAUAUGCUCCGCAAGGAUGGGGUAAUGCUUAUCCACACUGGCAGCCACCGAAUCCUCCAGAUCCUGGUAAGCCAACAGACCCUAAUUCAGCAGCAUGGGCAGCUUAUUAUGCUCACUACUAUCAACAGCAAGCACAGCCACCACCUGCAGCUCCGCCUAGUGCACCACCAGCCACUCAGACCAAUGGACAAGGAGAUCAGCCAAAUCCAGCACCAGCAGGGCAGGUAGAUUACACCAAGGCAUGGGAAGAGUACUAUAAAAAAAUGGGUCAACAAGGGCAGCCACAAGAUUAUUCAAAGGCUUGGGAGGAAUAUUACAAGAAGCAAGGUCAGGCAGUUCCAGCUCCAGCCGGAGCCCCACCAGCGGGUCAGCCAGAUUAUAGUGCAGCGUGGGCUGAAUACUAUAGACAGCAGGCAGCCUAUUAUGCCCAGACAAGUCCACAAGGAAUGCCACAACAUCCUCCAGCACCACAGGUAUAACAAUCUUGACUUAUUUGGCUGAUAUAUUAGUGAUUUUUUUUAACCUUUAUUUCAUGGGGUGUUUUUUUGUUUUUUUGCAUGUCUCCCACUUUGAUAACUUACCUGGAGUAUGCAUUAUUUUUCCUGGUAAAUAAUAAUCCGUAAAUUGAUUUAUGCUCUGUUAACUGGAGUUCUGUGUCUUUCUUUGCAUACAUUCGAUGUUUUUGAUCAAAAAAUUUCUCCUCCCAGGGUUUUUGAAGCCAUGCAGGAAGCCACCACCAUUACAUUAACCAAUUUUUCUUUCUUAAAGGCUUCACUCCUGAGUUAGCACAAUUUAAAAAAGAUUUUCUUUAACUUUUUGUGUAUCUCUUAUGUAUUUCUUCGCACAGGGCCAAUAAUAAGAAGUGGACAAUACAGUAUUUGCUUCAUUAUGUGGGGGAAAAUACCUUUGUUAAAUGUAUGGAUGCAGACGCCUUCUUGAAGAUCAUAAUUUUGUUUGGUUUAAAAAUAGUGUUUUUGAAAAUGUACAAAAUAUCUAUCACUACUGAUAGGAGGUAAUAUUUCUGUGUAGAAAUGGAAAUUGGUUUGUUUUUAGUACAUUAGUGUAGAUGUACACAUUCCAGCAAAUGUAUUUGCAACUAUUAUGUGGUCAAUGCUUUGUGAUAUAAAUGUACUUUUUCAAUGUAUACUUGAUCACUUUUAAAUGCCUGUUUUGUGCUUUACAAUAAAUAAUAUGAAACCUCCUGUGUCGGUAAGUUGGAUAUGUGGGUACUCGGAGAAUUCAAGGGUUUCUUAGUAAUGCUGUACAUGUACACAAUUAAGUUUUUUUUUCCUUGAAAGUUUGAGCUUUACAUUGGUAUUCUCCCUUUGCAGAAUAGUUAUAGAAGGAUCUUUUUCAUUACUGUAUUUUGCUGUUUGGCAUCUUGAUAUCCUCCUCUUUCUACUUGAUUAAAAAUUGCAUGUACAUGAAGAUGUUCCUUGACAUACUUCUACUGCAUUAACAGUUGCAUUUUCUUUUUUAUCCAUGACCACUGUCUCAGACCCAUAUAGCUGCUAUAGCUAACAUUUGUUUUUAUACAUGGUUUAAUUCUUUAGUAUAUUUUUUCAGGCUUGUUAUUGAAUUGUUCUAAAAGGCAAUAUGUGCUAAGCAAUCGGUUUGCAGCACUUUGCUUAAGAAUUCAGUGUAGUAAGGAUUAUAUGCUUUUUAGUUACUAAAACUGCGUUUGUGUUAGAAAUAUGCUAUUUGGAGCCUGGGAGUGCUUAACAGAAAAAACGUCUUGCAGAUGAGCUCUGUUUUUAAAUGUUGAAGACUAGUCAUUAAGUUAUAUUUUGAAAAAUCUCCAUAAAACUUUUUUACUUUUACUAAUUCAUACUGAAAAUUGGUAUACUGUUAAAAUCCACUGUUUGCUUUUUUUGCAUCUAUUAGAUUACAUGCAAUACAGUCUGUCUUGCCAUUGUCUGUUGAAGUGCAGGUUUGAUCCAGCCAGUAUAGAACUAGCUCUGUAGGGGUGAGGAGGACUGUGCUGUGUAUCAUCCUUGAUUGUUCCUUCAAGGAGCAUUGCACUGUAAGUACAUCAGAAUGACAAAAUGAUGAACUGCAACAGUAUCUUUUUGUCAGUGUUCCACAUAAUGCAAAUGCCAUACCUGUGUGAAUAUUAUGUUGGAAUAAAAUACAGUGCUGAUAUUUUAGCAAAUCAUAAUUGCUUCUUAAUUCAGAAACCUAGGUGUUCAUAAAUGUAUGUGUAUGAGCUUUAAUGGUAAGUAUUCUUGAGCUAUUUAGCUUUAGCAAAAGAAAUUGUCAUUUACCUAAGUAAUAAUUGUUCAUUAGGGUUCAAAAAUGAGAUAUAUUCAGAUAUAAACUUGUGCAUUGUUAAAAACAAAAGUUUGAAAUGCUUGUCAGGAGGAAGUUGUAUUGUCUUGAGUUGUCUGCAUUUAUUUGGUGAUAGAAGUAUAUGUUAAUUUCUAAAACUAUUAGCCUUAUUUUUGGAAAACUAUUUUGUUGUUUUGGAGUAUACUCUUAGGAUGGCUGCAAGAAAAGAACAAAAUGAGAUCAGAAAUGAAGUAGUUUUACUGCACAAAUAAUUAAAAAUGCAUUUUGUUGUACUGUAGAAUCAGGAGGGAAUUAUUUUUAUCCCAAUUUAGGUUAGGAUUUAAAUUUUGAAAAGACUACUAGGAAGUUAUUAAAUAUAUUUAGUGUAGGCUAUAAAGUCUCUAGAUCAAAUAUUUUGCAUGAUUAGUCUGUAGCUUAUUGGAAAAUGGUGUAGUUACUAACUAAACAGAGCAACAAUUCACCAGAUUCUUUAUCAUUCACCAAAUGGAGGCUGUUGAUUUUGAUUCAUUUAAAGUAUAAAAUCUUUAUUAAUUGCAAACAGUGCAAUUAUUUAUACUUCACAGUGCCUUCCCAGACCUUCCACCUUAGGUUCUGCUGCAAAAAGCACAGGUAAGCACAACCUAAGGAAGUGUAUAAAUACAUAUUUCAGUUUAUUAAUGUUGUCCCUGUGAGAAUUUUUUGUGCUUGUGUAUUCAAAAGCAAUCUGCCAAUAUCUUCCCCAAAUGUAUUCUGCUAUUCAUGGUUUAAUUCCAAUGGAAAGUCUGAAACAAUUAUUUACAUUUCUGGGUAAAUGUGUAUCUUUAUUUUUAAAAGAUAAGUGGAUUGCUGCAAUAAUUUUUGAGUAAGUCACUUUUACUAUUUUUCCCUCAAUAACAGAGUUGUUACAAAUGAAUAUAAAAUAUUUUUUCAAGAUACAGGAAAUAUUGGUCAGAAUUUCAACAGCCUUCACAAAUGCUUUUAUAAUGUUCAAAGGAUGUUAUACCCAAUACUACUUAUUCAAGCAUACUGUGUGUUUCUCUCAUUCCCAAGGCAAUAACGGAUUUUAAGUUAUACACCAUAAAACAUAACCUAGCUUGCUUAUUUGAUAAAGAAGGAAAAUUUAGACUUGAAUUUUGCAGAAUAGUUGUAGAAAGCAUGUAUUACCAGUAAAAUGUUAACAGUUCAGCAAAUCUUUCCUUGUUAUAGGAAACUCCUUCCUACUUUGCUAUUUCAGCUGAAUCGCUGUAUAUUUUUGCCAGUUUAAAUGUUUUGUAUAUGGCUUAUCUAGAUAGCUUAACUGGUGCAUUUUUUUCAGUUUAGAUAGACGAUGCUAAGGCAGUACCAUCAGUUUUUUGUUUGUCACUUAAUAAAAUGCUUUGAUUUUAUCAAAAGUCCUGCUUUUCUCUGCAUCAAAGAAAAAUAUUCAAAAAACCCUGCCUUCAUUUUCACACACAGUGCUGAAGAUGCUGCAAGCACCAAAUCAUAGCUCAUAAAAUCAGGUCCUGAGAUAGUUACUUCCAAUAAAGAGGAUUCCUUUGAGUGUAUGGCCAUGAUGAGCCGAUGAGCAUGGACCAUAGAAGGGCUCCAUGUAGAAGGUAAAAUUGGCAAAACAAUACCGAUUUUAAAUGUAUCCCAUACUUAAUGGUGUAGGGUAUAAUUUGCCUGUUUUAAUCGCUUCUCAUUCUUUAAAGUGCUAUUUGCUUGACCAUAAAUGUUCCAUAAUUUGUUAUGUGGUAAUAAUACAAACCAUCUAUCAAUUUACACUUUGCUAAAUAGUCAAGCAUAGAUAAUGUUUUGCAUUUCACAACUAAAUUAAUAGUUGUACUUGAAUUCCCUCGAGCCACUUCAUAUUUUGUUGUAGUUCAACAUGUCAGAUUUCAUUAUUAUAUGAGAACUAGAUACGUGCUGAAGAGCUUCAUCUCAGUUGGAUUUUGUUUCUCCAUUUUAAAACAGCUUGUUUUCUCUGCUCAGUUUUUAAUAAACCAUAGCUUAAAUUGAAAUUUCAAGGGAAGGGAUGUAAUAGAAACUAGAAUGAAAUUGUUGGCAUAGGGUACUGUGCAUCUGCUUUGAUAAUCUUUAUACUAAGCAUUUUUUAUUUUCAUUAUCAAUUUGCUGGUGGACCUACAGGCAUCUUCUUGCACCAAGUGUAGUUGUGGUAUUUAGUUUUGUCUGAUUUCUGUCAGAAACCUUGCAUU